AUGAUUUUCCUGGCUGUCUUCUCUGCAGUAAGAAGUGGUCUGGGUAAUUCUGAAACUCACUGUCUCAACCUGGAAGGCACCUGCAGAAGAGACGUCUGUAAACUAAUAGAAGAUGAAAUCGGUGGCUGCAAAAGAAGGUGGAAAUGUUGCCGAUUGUGGUGGAUUCUUGUGCCGAUUCCAACGCCAGUUAUCUUUUCAGACUACCAAGAACCCAUCAAGUCCAAGAUAAAGUAA